ACAAGAACCUCUACAAUAUCCAUAUCAUGGGGGUGGGCUUCAUGUUCAUCUUCUCCGCCACCUUUACAGCCUCCUUCAUUGAGGUCAUUGUCUUCAAGGACUUCAACAGGCAUGGCAUUGACGGCAAAACAGGGUUCUACGCUCUGUCCCUUACCUACGGUUGCUUGGGUCUAGCUAACUGGUUCGCUCCAGCUGUCGUCAAUAAACUAGGCUGUAGAAUUUCCCUUUUCCUGUCCGCAAUUCCAUACAUUGCGAUCUUGUUCUCCUUAGUAAACCCUUAUCUCUGGUCUUUGUUUACUUUGACUGUUCUAGUGGGUGCUGGGGGAGGUGUUCUCUGGACUGCCAAUGGAGAGGUGAUAGCAAAGAACUCACCAGGUGACACCAAGGCUAAAAACACCGGAAUUUUCUGGUCUUGGUACUGCACUAGCAUGUUGUUGGGAAACUUCUUCCUCUACUUUUACCUAGGAAACUCUGAGAAGAUAAGUGAUGCUCAACGUCACGUGAUAUAUCUGGUGCUAGGAGUGUUCUGUGCUAUUGGAAUGUGUUGUUUCCUCUUGUUAGCUCCCUCUGGAACUCCGCAGGUGGAAGACAAAGAGGAGUCUAGUUAUGGAGUAGUGACAGAGCCACAGUCUGUUCUUCAGCCUAUCAUUAAUGCUGCCAAAUUCUGCAAAACAUGGCAGAUGGGCUUUCUCUACGCACCUAUCAUUUUUGCGGGGGUUUCCGAGAAUUUCUGGACCUCAGUGUUUACCACUGUUAUUGGAAACGUAUAUCCUGAUAGGAGUUACAUGGCACUGGGUGGAAUGUGUACCGGUAUAGGAGAAAUCAGUGCAGGGUUUAUCUGGGGGAGAUUGACGAGUAACAUAGGGAGACACGGAGUAAUAAUGUGCAGUACUGUUAUCAACUGUUGUCUGUACUAUCUCGCCUUUAUCAGCUUCCCAUUCGAUGCAGCUACUACCACAGCUUCAAUAGCAGCAGAUAACCCGAUAAUCCCUAGCAACAUUUACCUCACCAUGGCGAUGGGGGUUAUGCUAGGUCUAGGAGACGGUGGAUUCUGUGUCUCUAUUUACGCUGCUCUCAGUACCAUAUUUGAGGAGAACCCGGCACCAGCGUUUGGAGUUUAUAAUUUUGUAAAGUGCACAACAAGCGCAGUCGCGUUCCUGUAUUGUGGUCACCUACUGCUACCCUUCCAACUAGGGAUCCUAGCAGUGACCUGUCUUGUGGGUUGUGUGUGCUUCAUCACUCUGGAGAGGUAUCCGUCUCAAGUACUCCUGGUUAACGCUGAGGAUUCACGCUUAUGGAGGAUAUAACCGAUUGUUGAAUCAUAAAGCUAUGAAAAUGUACUUUGAUUAAUGUACUUUGAUUAAUGUUUGGGAUGUUUUUUAAUUAAUGGUGUUUAAGUUUAUAAUAUGCAAUUCAUUAGUCUUAAUUUUUUAUUCGAAAUCUUAGUUUAGGAACCUUUUUGUAUAAACUGAUCUUUGAAACUGUGUGUAAAUUGAAUCUUAUUUUUUGAUUUGAUUUAUAUGGAAUUUUAUAAGUUUCCCGUCAGAUAAAUUUAUAUGAGCUAUUCAUGGAUAAUUUUUAAUCUAUAUAAAUGACGCUGCCUUUUAAUUUGAUUCAAAUAAAAAACUUUGUGAACUAUGUUUUUAUAAGAAAACAUAGUUCAAGAAAUUUAUCUUGUCAUAUUUAAUCC